AAGGAAAAUCUGUUAACCUGGAUAAAAGGAUACAAAUAAAAUUAAGCACCAUAAUGUUUUUGCCGGUUAAAUCGAAUCUUUCCACCGACAACACUGCCAACAGUGAAGAUGUCACCACCACCAGCAACAAUUCAACACAGACACCGAGUGAUCUUAGCCCACCGGGACCAAAUGAGGAAGUUCUACCACAGGCACAUCAUCAAAAUCCAGGACAUUGUGUGGCAUCCUUUGCUGCGAUUAAUCAAAUGCGUACAAAUGCUCAGUUAUGCGAUGUUACUUUGGAAGUUGGCGGUGAAACCUUACAUGCCCAUAAAGUGGUUUUAGCCUCAGUCUCACCCUAUUUCUAUGCCAUGUUCAAUGAUGAUAUGCUGGAACGUACCCAGGGUAUUGUUCGUUUGCAUGACAUUGAUGUAACUGCCCUCAAACAUUUAAUCGAUUACAUUUAUACGGGAGAGAUUACCAUAACCGAACAAAAUGUCCAGGUCCUAUUGCCUGCAUCGAGUCUGCUGCAAAUGCAUUCGGUUAGGGAAGCCUGCUGUAAAUUUUUACUGCGUCAAUUACAUCCUUCGAAUUGUUUGGGUAUUCGUAGUUUUGCUGAUGCCCAUUCAUGCAAGGAGUUGCACACACGAUCGCAUAAAUAUGCAUUACAAAAUUUCCAACAAGUUGUUGGAACAGAGGAAUUUUUAUUACUGCCAUUUGAAGAGGUCAAAGAUUUAAUAUCAAACAAUUUGCUGAAUAUAUCAUCGGAAGAAAAAGUGUUCCAUGCCGUAUUGAAUUGGGUGAAACAUGAUUUGGACGAACGUCAAAAUCACAUUGCUGAACUGAUGAGUCAUGUUCGUCUGCCGCUGGUGAGUCGUGACUUUUUGAUGACAUGCGUCGAAACGGAACCAUUGAUACGAGAAGAUUCUCAGUGCAAAGAGCUGCUGUUGGAGGCAAUGAAAUAUCAUCUGUUGCCAGAACAAAGAAGUCUAAUGGGUAGCCAGCGGACACAUGAACGUCGUCCGGAUGGUAUGAAACCCUAUGUUUUCGCUGUGGGCGGUGGCAGUCUCUUUGCCAUACACAAUGAAUGCGAAGUUUAUAAUCCAAGGACAAAUGCCUGGUCGACAAUUGCACCAAUGUUGUGGCGGCGAUCACGUUCCGGCGUGACUGCUCUGCAUAAAAGUCUAUAUGUUGUGGGUGGUUAUGAUGGUGUCAAUGAUUUAGCCACGGCGGAAUGUUAUAGCCCUCUGACAAAUAAAUGGACAUACAUCACCCCCAUGGGCACCAAACGUUCCUGCUUGGGUAUUUGUUCAUUUGAUGGCUUGAUUUACGUCUGUGGUGGUUAUGAUGGAGCCUCCUGUUUGAGUAGCACCGAACGUUAUGAUCCAUUGACUUCGAUUUGGAGCUCCUGUCCAGCCAUGAAUACACGACGCCGUUAUUGCCGCUUGGCGGUUUUGGAUAAUUGCAUUUAUUCGCUGGGUGGAUUCGAUUCGACCAAUUAUCAAUCGAGUGUAGAACGUUUUGAUCCAAGAGUUGGCCGCUGGUAUCCGGUGCCCAGUAUGACGGCCAGGCGUAGCAGUUGUGGUGUUGCCUCGGCCGAUGGUUAUCUGUAUUGUAUUGGUGGUAAUGAUGGUACCAUGUGCAUGUCCAGUGGUGAACGAUUUAAUUUGAGGCGUAACAGCUGGGAACCCAUUGCCGCCAUGCAUUCACGUCGCUCCACCCAUGAAGUUGUGGAGGUGGAAGGAGCCCUUUAUGCAUUGGGUGGUAAUGACGGCUCUUCCUCUUUGAACUCCGUGGAACGUUAUGAUAUACGUCUGAACAAGUGGACCAUUGUGAAUUCUAUGGUAGCGCGUCGCAGUUCUGUUGGUGCUGCCGUUUUGGAUUGCUUCCAUUUGGAACGGGGGCUGGUACAGACUACUAAUUUAUGACCCCCACUGAGCUCAAUUGCUGAAUCAUUUGCCGCC